AUGGAGCAGAUGAACAUCAGAGAGGAGAUGAGUCAGAGCUCCGGAGCUUCCUGUGGUAAACCUCAGGUGUUCGACUGGUGUCCAGCUCAGCUGCAGCACCUGGAUGUGACCAGCAGGGGGCGACACACUCCGACUGCUGCUGCUUCGUCCGUCCAUCCUCUCCUCCCUCUGCUCCUCUACAGCGACACACACUUCCCCCUGUCAUCCCCCUACAGCCAGCCAAUCAGGGCGCCCGCUGCUGGACGGGACCACGCCCCCUCCGAGACACACCCAUGUUACCACGGCAACGGUGUCACCAGCGGCCGGCAGCAGGUGAAGAAGCCUCUGAACGCUUUCAUGCUCUACAUGAAGGAGACGAGACACAAAGUGCUGCAGGAGGGACGAGAGAGGGAGAGCGCCGCCAUCAACCGCAUCCUGGGACGCAGGUGGCACGCUCUGUCGCACUCAGAACAGUCCAAAUACUACGAGCUGGCCCAGAAGGAGAGGCUGCUUCACAUGCAGCUCUACCCCGGCUGGUCCGCCAGGGACAACUACGGGAAGAGGAAGAGGAAGAGGAGCCAGCAGCACACAGGAAGUAGCCCCAGCUGGACUCUGAGUGCUGCAUGAGAGCCCUGAAGAGACAACAUUACACACACACACACACACACACACACACACACACACACACACACACACACACACACAGUGAUGAAACUGUAGUUUGGUGUAAAUCUUUCUUUCUUGUUUCACUUUUGUAUUAAAUUAAUAUUUUUUUGUGUCCAACUCAUUAGGAGACGUUGUGGAAAACAUGUUUGUUGCUCAUUAAAGAAAAAUGUAUAUUUCUGUGUGUUAAAUGUGAAUAAAAGAAGACAAACCGGCUUCGACUUCCAUUCACUGUGUCCCACUGAACGCAACAUCUUGCUAGCAGCUCUGUGUGGCUCUGCUUGGAGCAAAAUGCUAAUGUUAGCAUGCAAUCAUGCUAAAAAUGUCCAUAUUCACCUUGUUAGUUUAGCGUGUUAGCAUGCUGACAUUUGUUAAUUAGCAGUAUAUGAUUGAACUGAUGAUGGUGCAGCAACAAAGUGGAACAUUUCUGUGCACAAUAUUAUGCCAAUCCAUUUUCGCCAUUAGCUUAGCCAGCAGCACAUCAAUCAUCACCAGCUCUAGACUGAAAAAUAAAGCUUUUAUUAUCAAAGCAAACAUGUAAUCUGUUUAACCACAUACAGUAACAUAUUAAUACAAGUAACUGGAGCUUUGUGGAACAAUGAUUAUCUGAUGGGUUCACUCAUUGAUUUUACAUCAUGGUAAAGAACGACAUACAUUAAGAAGACAACAGAAAAACAAACCUGUGAGCUCAGUGUCUCAAUACUUUACACAAUCUGACUUGAAAAUAUAACUUAAA